UCCUCGUAUUAUGACAACGUGCGGCCAUUGGCCUAUCCUGACUCAGACGCUGUGCUCAUCUGCUUUGACAUCAGUCGCCCAGAGACUCUGGACAGUGUCCUGAAGAAGGUCAGUAUCUUCCUCCUCCUCCUCUUCCUCCUUUUCCUCACCCUCCUCCAACUCCUCCUCCUCCUCUUCCUCCUCCUCACUGGCCAGUCACAACCAGGGUAUAUAACCAUCAUGCCCUGACUAGAGAGAACAUGGUUUAUUAACAUUCUCAUCCAAACUUUUCUUACUUCACGUCUCAGAUAGAGUUCCCAUGCUAUCUAUAGCCAGCACACAUUCUGACCCAUCAACAAUAGAGUAAAUCACGAUGGGGGUAAGAGCUAACCCCCUUUAUCUCCAUGAAACAAGCAGGGCUACUUGACCCCUGACCCCUAUAAGAAAGGGAGGUCAGACUGGAGAAUGAGAGGAGGCCUUGGAGCCCGGUUGGGGUGGGAUUUGGAGUGGAGCUCCAGCAAUGGCAGAUUAGCUAUGCAGCAACCAAUCGAAGAGCAGCUGUUUAAGAAGGAGACAGAGUAUUUAUGUGAAUCUAGGUAUUUAUGCGAGUUUCAUAUUAAAUGAGAAGCCAGGACAGAUGCUGGUAGUUAACGUUUUUAUGGUGGCUUUUGGGUGUGAUAUGUUGAUACUUGGCUUGGGAAGCAAACCAACGAGAGUGUGGUAAGGUGUGGAGGUGUGGUGGUGAAAUGUGGUCAUGGGAAUGUUUUACAGCUAUUCUCAGGCUUAUGAGAGAGUUUGUGUGUGUCAGUAAGUGUGUUUGUUAUGACUGUUGUAUAUGUGUAAUGUGUGUGUGUUUGUGCCAUGUGAACCAGGCUUGGUGGCCCUCAGCGGUCUCUCAGUAGUCCUCCAUCUUGAGGCCAUGUGUGGCACGUCCCUUUGAAGGUCUCCUCCUGUGAGCUCAGGACAUUGUAAAGACAUUCCCACGGCGGCUCUGUUGACAUGUUUAGUGGUCUGGGGGGAGCUGGUAAAACACUCCCCACCCACAGGCUCUGUAGACCUAACCCACACAACAGCUUGGUUCUACCCACCCGUCUCAGUUUCAGGGCUCAGUGGCCCUGUCUGUCGACAUGGCUUUUGGUUUUCCCAUGAAUCCCCUGGUAGGGGUUGCCAUGACCCCCUGACCCCUAGCUGUCGCCCCGGUAAUUUUUAAAACCUGGGGCUCAUGGAAACCUGUUGCCCAAUCACCGUCCCAAAUUAGACUCUUGACCUCUGUGACCUUGCCUGUCACCAAGGUCAUCAGAUGACAGGAGCGGGAGGGAAUUGAGAAUGGGGGUGCAACGUGAUUGGAUGGUAUUGAAGAGAUGGGGGUAGAGCAUUGGGGGUCAAAGGUUGUUUAACUCUUGAUGGAUGGCUGCACACCCCUGUGUUCUGCAUGUGGCUCCUGGAUGAAUUCAGACAUGGUGGAUGUUUUGGGGUGUGUUAUUUGGUAUUUGUGUGGCAGGAGGGAGGGACAGUGUUUUUCCAGCUGAGUCUGAAUGAUGACAUUUAAUCUCACAGGGUGUUGUUUUGUGUUGUGUGGUCCUCUGUAGCUCAACUGGUAGAGCAUGGCGCUUGUAACGCCAAGGUAGUGGGUUCGAUCCCCGGGACCACCCAUACACAAAAAUGUAUGUACACAUGACUGUAAGUCGCUUUGGAUAAAAGCGUCUGCUAAAUGGCAUAUUAUUAUUAUUAUUAUUGUUUUAACUGGACUGCACAGGGUUUUCUGUUCUGUACUCUAUCUAAAAUAGCUCUAUUGACUCAAGCCAGAGAGUGGAAAGAAAUGAAAUGAAUCUCAUACCGUUGCAUUAUAUCACACAGAAAUCUCUCUCCUCCGUUUCUAGUGGACUACUAAGCCUUAUCCAAACCACUCAAUUGGCAAAGAGAAUUUAGAGCACUGAUUUAAUUAAAACAGUUUCCCUAUUAUUGUGAAAUGCUAGAUUCCUCUGAGAUCUAAUCAUAGAUCUGCAUAGUCAUCUAACUGAAUGAAGCUGGGAGACUCACACAAAUACACAGGGUACUGAACAGAAGUCUCACAGGGAGACCACGAAAGCAAAGUCAUUCAUUUACAUUCAUUUAGACUAAUGAGAUAACUGAAUGUCUAUUACAGAGAGAUUUAGGUGAGACAAAUAAAAGGUUAAUCCUCUUUGGUUAACGGGGGCCAGGGUCAACCUCCCGCCUCUAUGAGCUGAGUGGCCUGGGUAGAGUCCUGGGGAUUGCGGGUCAGGGUAGUUUGGGCCAGAGAAUGUAAAGGUCCUCUCUGUGGAGUCAUUCCACUGUUCCAUAGGAAUGUCCUGCUGGUGAGGUGACCUGACUGAUGAGCGCUGCUGGCUAUUUACUGAUGCUCUCUCUCUCUCUCUCUCUCUCUCUCUCUCUCUCUCUCUCUCUCUCUCUCUCUCUCUCUCUCUCUCUUCUCUGCGUCUGUCUGUCUGUCUGUCUGUCUGUCUGUCUUCUUUCUGUCUGUCUGUCUGUCUGUCUGUCUGUCUGUCUGUCUGUCUGUCUGUCUGUCUGUCUGUCUGUCUGUCUGUCUGUCUGUCUGUCUGUCUGUCUGUCUGUCUGUCUGUCUGUCUGUCUGUCUGUCUGUCUGUCUGGUCUGUCUGUCUGUCUGUCUGUCUGUCUGUCUGUCUGUCUGUCUGUCUGUCUGUCUGUCUGUCUGUCCUGUCUGUCUGUCUGUCUGUCUGUCUGUCUGUCUGUCUGUCUGUCUGUCUGUCUGUCUGUCUGUCUGUCGUCUGUCCUGUCUGUCUUCUGUCUGUCUGUCCGUUCCGUCCGUCCGUCGUCCGUCCUCCGUCCGUCCGUCCGUCCGUCCGUCCGUCCGUCCGUCCGUCCGUCCCUGCGUGUCCGUCCGUCCGUCCGUCCGUCCGUCCGUCCGUCCGUCCGUCCGUCCGUCCGUCCGUCCGUCCGUCCGUCCGUGCGUGCGUGCGUGCGUGCGUGCGUGCGUGCGUGAGUGACCUGGAUCAAAUACUGACCUCGAUCCAAUUGAGGUGUGCUUGAGUUGGUUUGGAAUUUGCACUUUUGGAACUAUUCCAUUGGUUCCAUAAUUGUACCGGGCAAAAACAAGUAUUUCACAUAUACAGUAUUUCUACUAGGUCUGAACUGUAUGUCUACCUCUCUUUCUGUCUAUAUGUUAACCUCUGCCUGUCUGUAUGUCUGUCUGUCUGCCUCUCUCUUUAUGUGUCUUUGUUAACAUGCUCCUGUCUGUGUGUCCAUCCCACAGUGGCAGGGGGAGACCCAGGAGUUCUGUCCCAAUGCCAAGGUGGUUCUGGUGGGUUGUAAGCUGGACAUGAGGACAGACGUCAGCACCUUGAGAGAGCUGUCCAAGCAACGCCUCAUCCCCGUCACACACGAACAGGUGAGCAGAGGGAAGAGGAGGGGGAAAGGAUGGAGGGAUGAAGAAAUGAAAGCG